AUGUGGCGCCUUUUUGCUGCUGUGGCAAGGAACUUGGAGAACAUGAAGAAGAGUUCUAGGGUUGCAGAUGAGAACAUGAUUGCAGCAGAAGGAGGAAACACUGGUGAUAGAGCUGAAGAAGAAGGAAGAAGAACAAGAACAAGAUCAAGAAGACAAGGAUUAUCUCUGAUACAUAGUAUUCUUCUUGCUCCUAUGUCUGUAAUCUUAUGUGUUUCUUCUAAUAAUGGUGAUUAUUAUAAUCAUGGAGCCAGUGGGAGAGGGAUUAAUGAUGGGUUUUGGGGAUCUGGGGAUUAUGAACGUUUUUCUGAUAUGAAUCAGAUGAUUGUGAGUGAUAGUAUGAGGUUUGCAAUUUUGAUGUAG